AUGCUCGUGUCCAACGAUGAGGCGUCCGCGGCUCCGGCGGGUCGCGCCAAGGCUCCGGCCGCCAUCAACCUCUUUGAGCCAACGAAUGAGUGGAAGACGAUCGAGGAAGGCCAGCAGUUACCUGGGGGCUUGUGGAUUCGAAUCAACUUGGCCACGGGUCUCAAAGAAGCCCGACUGCUCGAGUAG